ACAGGUGUUUUUGUAUUUUACACUUGACUUCUUCCUCAAUAGAUAUUUCUAGUUUCUAAAUAUCUCAAAGGUGAUUGUUUUCUGUGCAUACUCCAAACAAAGCCUUAUCUUCAUUCUUCUUCGCUUCCAAAUUGGCAUGGCUUCCACAGUGUUCACAUAUCCUUCUCUUCACCUUCACAUCCACUCACAAAAACCAUCAAAUCCAUCACACUUUUCCAUUCACAGCCAACCCAGAAACCACUUUUCCAUCAGAUGCACAUCUCCAGAAUCCACUCCUCUCGAGGACAAUUUUCUAACCCCAGACCCUUCCUUCAGCACAGUGAACAGCGAAGAAUCUUUUCCCAUUGAGAAGAGAAGAAGGUCAGAGAUAGUGAGAGAAAGAAGGGGAAAGAAGCUUGUGCAGCCUGAGCCUCCAAACUUUGAAAUUGGAUGGAAGAGGACAAAAGAGAUAAAGCAAGAGGUGCCAGUAGGGUAUGUGAUAGCUGACUUCUUGGAGAAGCUAGAGACCCUCAUGGGGAAGCAGUUUGGAUCAACAGAACUGUUGGCAAAGGUGGGAGAAAUUGUGGCUGAGAGGGCAAGAGAAGAGGCUGAGAUUCUCAUGGAUGAAGGGAAAGUGGAGGAGAGAAUGGUCACUGAACUUUUCAGAGUGUUGAAGUUGAUGGAGAUGGAUUUGGCUAUGGUGAAGGCUUCUGUCAAGGAGGAGACUUUGGGAGAGAGGCUUGAGCAGGCCAAGGCAAGGUGCAGGCAAGCCAUUCUUGUUGCUUAUUCCUUUUGAACUCUCUUUCAUGGGGAUUCUGUGUCACAGUAGAGAUACACAGUGUUACAGUGGUGAACAACUUGAAGCAACUGAUAUAUAAGUGUGUUUGGAUUACUAAAUUGAUUUUUGUCUAAAAGUGGAUUAACAGUAAAAGUAUAAAAUUUUAAUUCUGUGUAAGAAUUUAUUGAAGUUAUAGGUCAAUUUAGAAUUGAUCCAGGGUUGGUAA